UACACAGGCUUUUCUGACCAAAUUGCAAGUUUUUCAAGUCUUUUCUGUUCUGCUUUUUGCUACUGGUUAGCUGUUAGCUGGUUAAAAACAGCUAACCACAUCCCGGAUGUUGGGCUGCCUUGAAACUUCCUGUGAGAUUAAUUAGUAUGUCACCUUUAAACCCAGCCUCUCACAUAGUCUUAGGGCAUGGACAAAAUGUGGACAAGUUCUUUGUCAGAAUGUAACAUGAAAAGCCUCUAGUCCAAUCCCCAAUGGAGUCCUUGCCCCUGUCUGAGCCCUCAUAGCACAGUCUUUACUGUCCACAUUUCUGUUGGCAUUCAGACCUUCUGAGUUCCCACCAGACUUGCCCACUCAGCUCUGCUCACAGCAUUCGGGGGCUUCUCUAGCCUGUCUCUCUCCAGAUUGCUCCCCAAACCAAUUCCAGAGGCUUCUGAAUCACAUAAAUCAGGCAGUCACAUCAGUGACCUCACUCCUAGUACUGUUUUUUUUGGGUUAAGUCAGCUUUGUAUUGCUGUGACCAAAUACCUGAGAGAAGUAACUUUAGGAAGGAAGGGUUCAUUUUAGCUGUUUCUGGGCCCACGGUGAGGCAAAUCAUCAUGGCAGUGGGAGUAUGGGGAGGAGGAAGCUACUCACCUUGUGGUGGGCAGGAGCAGAGGGAGGAAGUGACCAAGACAAGAUACAGCCUCUAAGGACAUGCCCCCAGUGACCUACUUUCUCCAACUAGGCCAACCUCCUGUGGUUUUGAGAACUUCCCACAACAGUGCCACCAGCGAGACACCACGCUUUCAAUACAUGAGCUGUUGGGAGACACUUCAUAUCCAAGCCGUGGCUGCGCUGCAGCGGCAGAUCUUUGACUUCCUGGGCUACCAGUGGGCUCCCAUUCUGGCCAACUUUCUACACAUCAUGGCGGUCAUCCUGGGCAUCUUUGGCACUGUGCAGUACCGCUCCCGGUACCUCAUUCUGUAUGCAGCCUGGCUGGUCCUCUGGGUUGGCUGGAAUGCGUUCAUCAUUUGCUUCUACCUGGAGGUCGGACAGCUGUCCCAGGACCGGGACUUCAUCAUGACCUUCAACACAUCCCUGCACCGUUCCUGGUGGAUGGAGAAUGGGCCAGGCUGCCUGGUGACCCCUGUUCUGAACUCCCGCCUGGCCCUGGAGGACCACCAUGUCAUCUCUGUCACUGGAUGUCUGCUUGACUAUCCCUACAUUGAAGCCCUCAGCAGUGCCUUGCAGAUCUUCCUGGCGCUGUUCGGCUUCGUGUUUGCCUGCUACGUGAGCAAAGUGUUCCUGGAGGAGGAGGACAGCUUUGACUUCAUCGGUGGCUUUGACUCCUACGGAUACCAGGCGCCGCAGAAGACGUCGCAUUUACAGCUGCAGCCUCUGUACACGUCCGGGUAGCUUCCUCCCUGCUCACUCCCCGGCUUCGCGCCCUUCGGCCGCUGGACUGACUGCGGCUGCCACGAGCUCCAUGCAAGAUAGGCAAGCGCGCCCCCUGGCGGCUCGCGCCGAGGCCUGCAGCUACUAGCUACAGAGGACUUGGACUUGAACUUGACCCUGGACCUUCACAGCCGGAC